AUGGAUGAAGAGUUGAAGAACUUCAUCAAGGUGUGGACUCUAGCAAUAACCUCUCUUUGCUAUUGUUUUUACAUAUCCGCAAAACUUCCAAGUGGUCUAUUGAGAUUUCUCUCACUUGUCCCAAUCUUCUUCUUCUUCUCCAUCCUCCCCUUGAACCUCUCUUCUUUCCAUCUUUGUGGUGUUACAUCUCUAUUGCUUUCUUGGCUUGCCAAUUUCAAGCUUCUUCUCUUCUCCUUUGACCAAGGCCCCUUAUCACUCCCCUCACCUCCAAAACUACUCUCCCAUUUCAUCCCCAUAGCUUGUCUCCCCAUAAGAGUCAAAACAAACACAAACCCAUCUCCCCAAGACCUCCAAAAACAAGUGGGUUCAAGCCUUGGUGUUGGUGGAUUUGUUUUAUUGGCUCUCAAGGUGGUUCUUCUUGUGUUGGUAUUUCAUAGCUAUAACGAUAGAGAUAAUAUAGACCCUUACUUGUUAUUGGGUAUCUAUUGUUGUCAUGUGUACUUGGAAGCGGAGCUUGUUCUAGCCUUGUUAGCAAUCCCGGCUCGAACCCUUUUAGGGUUUGAGCUAGAGAGGCAAUUCAACGAGCCCUACUUAGCCACCUCUCUCCAAGACUUCUGGGGUAACCGGUGGAACCUCAUAGUUUCAGGUAUUCUACGGUUCACCGUGUAUAAAACAAUGAGGGGUCUUAUUGGAAAGAGAUGGGCCCCGCUCUCCGCUGUCUUGGUGUCUUUUGCUGUGUCAGGUUUAAUGCAUGAGUUAUUGUAUUAUCAUGUGACGAGGGUGAAUCCGACGUGGGAGGUGACGUGGUUUUUUGUGUUGCAUGGGAUUUGUACGGUUGUUGAGAUGGUUGUGACUGACAAGUGGGGUGGUUGGCGGUUGCAUCCAGUUAUAUCGACGCCGUUGACGGUGGCGUUUGUGGGGGUGACGGGUGUUUGGUUGUUCUGCCCACAGCUAAUAAGGAAUGGCAUCACUGAUAAAGCAAUAAGAGAGUACUCAAUUUUAGUUGAUUUUCUUGCUCCGAAGGUGGUUGCUUUCUCAAUUUAA